AUGGGUGCCGACAAGUAUCCUCCUGCGGUGAUGACUACCGAGCAAACCCCAGAAGAAGAGCGCAACAUUGGAGUUUGCAAGGAGUAUAUGUCCAUAGCCUAUUCACCCACCGAGAACAAGGGUGGUGACUCCGUUCGUCAUCUGUGCCACGAAGAUAGCUGGUUCUGGUCACCAGCGACAUUCCCCGGCGCUGAAACACCAAUGGACUAUGCGACCUCGCAUUCAGUAGUCAUGCAGAGCGUAAACGACCUCCACAUCAUCCGCUUCGACCAAGUCUUCGCCAAGAACGGCCACGUCCUCCUAAGAUAUACUGCCGAAGGCAGCCACUCUGGAAAGCCGUACAAAGGUAUUCCAGCAUCCGGGAAACAUGCCAGAUGGUGUGCAGCCGCCAUUUUCGAGGUGCAUGACGGCAAGAUCAAGAGUUUCACCAAGGAUUGGGACCAGAAGACCAUGCAGAUACAACUCGGCUGGGCGCCAGUCAACGAGAGCAGUGACCCAAGGUGGAAUGCCGAUGCUUUAGCGAAUCCUGAGCGCUCCAGGACGCAGAAGGAGUAG